AAUGUCAGGAUCAACCCCAGCAGCAUCUCCUUCAGCAUGUGGAAAGACAUUCCUGUUCCUUUCUACAUGUCGGUGUACUUCUUCGAAGUGCUGAACCCCACUGAGGUCCUCCAGGGAGCGAAGCCGGUGCUGAACCAGCGUGGACCCUAUGUUUACAGAGAGUUCAGGUAUAAAACAAAUAUCACGUUCCAUGACAAUGACACCGUCUCCUUCCUGGAGUAUCGGAGACUCUUCUUCCAGCCACACUUGUCCAACGGUAGCGAAGAAGAGUACAUCGUUGUGCCAAACAUUAUGAUGAUGGGAGCUGCUGUAAUGAUGGAAAACCUGCCAACUUUUGUGAAGCUUUUGGUGAGCGGAGCCCUGGCUGGCCUGAAACAGGAGGCGUUCAUGAACCGGACAGUGGGGGAGAUCCUGUGGGGGUAUGAUGACCCUCUUAUAGAUGCGAUAAAUGCAAUUGUUCCUGGCCUCAUCCCUUUUGAGGGGAAAUUUGGCUUAUUUGUAGAGAUUAACAACACCAACUCGGGACUGUUCACAGUGAACACGGGCAUGAAGGACAUCAGUAGAGUUCACAUGGUGGAUUCAUGGAAUGGACUAACACAGCUCAGCUACUGGCAGAGUGAUGAGUGCAACAUGAUCAAUGGGACCGCGGGGGAGAUGUGGCCACCGUUCAUGUCCCCGACAUCGUUGGAGUUCUACAGCCCCGAUGCCUGCAGAUCCAUGACACUGGUGUACCAGCAGUCCGGGAAGUUCAAGGGAGUGCCCACCUAUCGCUUCGUAGCACCAAAAACUCUUUUUGCCAAUGGCACGGACUAUCCACCCAACGAAGGCUUCUGCCCCUGCCUGCAGUCCGGCGUCCAGAACGUCAGUUCCUGUAGGCUAAAUGCACCGAUGUUCAUUUCCCAUCCUCACUUCUACAAUGCCGACCCAACCCUGGUGGAUGCUGUUGAGGGCCUCCACCCCAGCGAGGCAGAGCACGCGCUCUUCCUUGACGUGCACCCGAUGACGGGCAUCCCAAUGAAUUGCUCUAUCAAGCUCCAGCUGAACCUGUACAUAAAGCAAGUGACUGGUAUCAUUCAAACAGGGAGUAUCAAGCCAGUGGUUCUGCCGCUGCUGUGGUUUGCAGAGAGCGGAUCCAUCGAAGGCUCAGUCCUAAAGCAGUUUUACACCAACCUGGUGCUGAUCCCGUCCCUGCUGGACUACCUGCAGUAUAUCCUCUUUGGGCUGAGUGUCCUACUCAUUAUCUCAGCAGCUGUACUCAUGGCAAUGAGUCAGGAAAAAUGCACUUUAUUUUGGAGUAGCAAUAAAAACUCAGACAGUAAUAAGGCCAACCAGGCCACCUCUGCCAAAAAGCUGCCUCCGGUUAAGGGGACGGUGUUACGGGAAGCCAAACUGUAG